AUGUCUAAAACAACCUUGGGACUGAUCGCUGCUGGAUCUGCUGCAGCAGGGGCCUCGAUUACGGCCCUGAUCUUCUCAUCCAGAUCAUCGACGCCGAUAACUACACCAGCAUCCACGAUUCCAGCACCGGCACCCCUUACAUCUGGGUUCCCAGCACCACAACCCGUUUUGACUCCAGUCCCACAACCGCUGCCUUCGACAACCCUCCCUCUUGCACCAGUCAAUCCCCUAGGUGUGCUAAAAUAUGGCCUCACCCCUGCCAUUUCCGACACCAGCAUCACUCCUUCCCAUUUAGCCGCCUACAACCGCAUGACAAGAAACCCACACUGGGUCGCCGAGCACUUCACACCACAAUCCCUAUCUCUCAACAAUGCUUCUCGACGAAACAGCGUAUUUUACGAAGAUGCAGGCAUACCACCCAUGUUCCGGGCGAAACUCUCUGACUACUUCCGCAGUGGCUAUGAUCGAGGCCACCAGGUACCAGCAGCAGAUGCUAAAUGGUCCCAGGACGCAAUGGACAGCACUUUCGUCCUCAGCAAUAUGUGCCCUCAAGUAGGUGAUGGUUUCAACAGAGACUAUUGGGCGCACUUUGAAGACUUUUGCAGAAACUUGACAAAGAGUUAUCCGAGCGUACGGGUUGUCACAGGUCCCUUGUAUCUACCGAAGCAAUACCCAGAUGGGAAAUGGAGAGUCAGCUAUGAAGUGAUCGGCAAUCCUCCGAACGUCGCAGUGCCCACCCACUUCUACAAGGUCAUCUAUGGUGAAGAGUCACUUCACAACCCAACCUGCAAAGUUGCUCUAGGUGCAUUUGUGCUACCAAACACAGAGAUUCCCAACUCGAAAAGCCUGAGAGAUUUCGAAGUGCCGCUGGAAGCUGUAGAAAGGGCAAGCGGGUUGAUUUUUGCUGAUAAACUACCUAUCGAAAGACGGAAAAAGUUAUGCUCCGACAUCAAUUGUGAAAUCAUGGUGCGCGAAUUUGACAGGGUCAAGCAGCAGAGAACUGCUCUUAAUGCCGGUCAAAUAGCUCCUGCUCAGAUUGCACAAGAGUCGAGAAGAUGGUGA